CCCUAAUCCACCUGCAGGUGCUUAAUAUUGCACUAUUCAUUUGUGAUUUAUGCAAGUGCAACGCCGGACUCAUUACACAAACGAUUCGCGCUGCAGUUGCAGCAUGCCUAGUGCUGUAACCGUACCUAAACACGUUGCAGCGCGACUAGUAAACUUGUUGAGCCAACCAGCGCACUUAUCAUCAGCUGCGCGAGCGCAAAUGGCCGCGUCCUCGUGGGCAGGCACCGGCAUGACCCAGCAGGACUUCAUGCAUCGUGACGAAUGCCUCGUAGUAGACCAAUCUGACACCAUCGUGGGCACCUCCAACAAACAUGAUUGCCACCGCUUCACGCCCGCCCAGCCACGUGGCCUGCUCCAUCGCGCUUUCAGCGUCUUCCUCUUCAGCCCUGACGGCAAGAAGCUGCUGCUACAGCAGCGUGCCGCCAGCAAAGUCACCUUCCCUUCCGUCUGGACCAAUACGUGCUGCAGCCACCCGCUUGCCGGCCAAGAGCCUAAUGAAGUCGAUGCCCCAGAGAAGAUUGCGGAUGGCAGCGUCCCCGGUGUUAAGGCUGCUGCACUCCGCAAGCUGGCGCACGAACUAGGCAUUCCGCCGGAGCAGGUUCCGCCAGCUUCCUUCACCUUCCUCACGCGCCUUCACUACUGCGCCAGUGACACACAUACAUACGGACCCGCGGCAGAGUGGGGUGAGCAUGAGAUCGAUUACAUCCUCUUUGUUCGGCCGACACAGCCGGUGACACUGGCGCCCAACCCUGACGAGGUGGACGACGUACGGUACGUGGAUCGGGGCGAGCUAGCCGCAAUGAUGGAUCCUAAGUCCGGGCUGCGCUGGUCGCCUUGGUUCCGAAUCCUGGCGGAGCGCUUUUUGGACGCGUGGUGGCAAGAUCUGGAUGCUACGUUGGAUCCUGAAUCCAAACACAGGGACUACGGCACCAUUCACCACAUCUUGUAG